AAAGCAUAUGACAGAUCGGUGUAAUGAACAAAUUAGGAGCCGGAUUCCAUUAUAAUCAUAACGGAACAGAUGUCCAGAACAAAGAAACUGAAAACAAAGAUGUGCAAUCUGGGAUUAAAUACUCAGUCUACCACUGUGUUAUAUGAUCUAAUUAUAUUAGAAGUCUAGAAGUAUUUUAUUUUUUCUUUUCAAAAUGGACACAGAAGAGUUUGCCUCAUUCCGUAACUAAAGAGUUGAGAUACAUUAACAAGCAGGAAAGAAAAAAGGCUCUGACAUACACAAGGAAAAAAAUGUCCACUCUCCCAAGAUGAUAUUUUGCCAAAAAUCAUGUUCUAUAUGAUAAAACCUAUACAAGAUUUGAUCGCAUUUUUCUGCCGUGUUUGCCGAUUUCUUACAACCAAAAUCAUCAAACAACGCACUAUACAGAUGCCAUUCCAUUUUUUUCUCUUGAAGACGUACAGAUAUAAUUCGAAAGGGACAAACAAGCAAACAAGUCGACAAGAAUGUUAGGCUGUUUUAUGCUGACCCUUGAAUGAUUCAGCAGACAGGUCAUGUCCCUGUCUGCAAUCUCCUACCACUCUAGGCUGUCUGGUCUGCUAUCCCCUACCACUCUUCCAAUCCGUUAGCUGUCAGUCUGUCACAGCCACAGGAGCCCUAUCACAAGUUUGCAACUGAGAUACUGGUUCAAGUUGACGGGCGCAAUGAGAAAUCAUAACACAAAUGGCAGUGGUGAGUACCUCUUCGGCUCUCCGCCUCCUGCCUCUCCUCCUCCCCAUUGCCAUCAUAUGGCCAGCCGCUAUUCCGGUUGGAGCUCGUGAGAAGCUCGAUCAGGGCGGGAAGAUGCCCACUUGUGCGACGGUCGGUCAGGACGGGAAGGUGCACUUGUGUGCUAUGAUCAACCAAACAAUAUCUCCUACAGCUGAAAGUCCCAUGCCUCAACCCCCGCCCAAGGUAACACCUACGACCCAAAGUGUUGUGCCUGCACCAACAGCCAAUGUAACACCUACGGCCCCAAGUGCUCUGCCUGCAACUAUUGGCCCAACAAGCAUGAAAGUGAAAUCCUCUUCUAUAAGAAGAGUUGUUGCAAUUUUAGCUCCUGUAGGCGGCUUCAUUUUUCUUUCCAUCUUGUUCCUCAUCACUUACUUUAUACGUAAACGAAGAACACAACGACAUCAUGAGAUGGAGGAGGAAGAGUUUGGGGAGCUACAAGCAACACCAAUGAGGUUCACAUUUCAACAGUUAAAAGCAGCAACCGAGCAAUUCGCAAACAAGCUCGGGGAAGGAGGAUUUGGAUCUGUUUUCAAGGGACAGAUAGCUGAUGAAAGGAUUGCAGUAAAACGUUUAGAUCGAGCGGGUCAGGGCAAAAGGGAAUUUUCUGCAGAGGUUCAGACAAUUGGCAGCAUUCAUCAUAUUAAUCUGGUGAGAUUAAUUGGUUUCUGUGCAGAGAAAUCGCAUAGGCUCUUGGUAUAUGAGUACAUGCCAAAAGGAUCCUUGGAUAGAUGGAUCUAUCAUCGACAUGACAAUGAUUCACCUCCCCUGAAUUGGAGCACGCGGUACAAGAUUAUCACUCACAUAGCAAAGGGUCUUGCUUAUCUUCAUGAGGAGUGCAUGAAAAAGAUUGCCCAUUUGGAUGUCAAACCACAAAACAUCCUCUUAGAUGAUAACUUCAAUGCUAAACUUUCUGAUUUUGGACUAUGCAAGCUCAUUGACAGGGAUAUGAGUCAAGUGUUUACCAGAAUGAGGGGCACACCUGGAUAUUUAGCUCCCGAAUGGUUGACAUCACAGAUCACGGAAAAGGCCGAUGUCUAUAGCUUUGGUGUUGUGGUCAUGGAAGUCAUCAGCGGAAGAAAGAACCUCGACAAUUCUAGAUCCGAAGAGAGCAUCCAUCUCAUCACCCAAUUGGAGGAAAAGGUGAAGAAUAAUCGGUUGAUAGAAUUGAUUGACAAUAAGAGUAACGAUAUGCUAGCACAUAAGCAGGAUGUAAUUGAGAUGAUGAAGCUCGCAAUGUGGUGUUUGCAGAUUGAUUGCAAAAGAAGGCCUAAAAUGUCCGAGGUAGUCAAGGUCUUGGAAGGUGCCAUGAAUGCAGAGAGCAACAUCGAUCAUAACUUUGUUGCAACAAAUCAAGUGUAUUUCGGCGCUGCUGGAAAUGUGGUCUCAUCGGUUCCACCUCUGGCUUCACAUGUAUCAGGUCCCAGGUGAAAUGAGAAAAUCUUGACAAGAUAGACAAUUAGAUUACAAGCAGGACAUGCGAUGUUCUUAUGUAAAGCAAAUGACAAGUCUGUUGUAUCUCCUUAAAUUAUUAUAAUCUGAAGCCCCUUGUCUUGAGUUAAUUGUACCCGCAAAGUAUUUCAAUAUUGCAAACCUUCUUGUUCUACAGCAGCUGGACUGAAUUUAGUCAUUAGAAUGUUCAAUUUUUUCAUGUAAUGCAAGUCUGUUUUCAGAUCAAUUAAUGCAGGUAUUUUUCUAGUCAUUGUAGUUGAAAUUAACAGUGUUGGAGUUGUGUCGAAUAUUGUGUACAAGGUAGGUUACAGUUGGGCUUGUAGUUGUAUUGUGUUUAGAUAGGAUAUGGAG